UGCGUUGUACAAAACAAAGUAUGAAUCAGAAAAUUGGGGAAAAAUCCGAGUGUCUUGAUGACCAGAGCGCUUCACCCGCAGCGACAAAGAAUGUUACAAUACGCUCCAAGCGUCAGAUGGGCGACUCACCACAGCAAAAUAAGCCGUACAGACCAGCACCUAAGCGCAUCCGAAUCAACGAUGAGUUCACAAAUCCGUGGAGAUGUGAUUCGGCGCCAUACGAGUCACUACCAAUCACUUAUCACAAACCUAUCUUCAAUCCACCAUGUUACUUUGAUGAGAACCUCAAUCAGCUCACCAAAAGUGAACUGGCACUGAAAAUUAUGUCCUAUCAUUAUGCGCUUAGCAUGCAAAUGAGCAUAUGCGCGCGGGCGCAGCCACAGCAAGCCUUGCUGGGCGAUCCUUUGCAGGGUAGUCAAUUAUUUAAUGGUGCACUCGAAAGAAAGAAACCAAUCAUUACUACUAGUGAUAUUUUGUAUGACAAAGAAGAUACAUAUGUUUCAAGAAGUGGAAGGCUUGUUAAGAGGAGGCAGAAUCUUGGUAACAUUGAGAUGAUGGCAGAGGAAGAUGAUACAGAAAAAGAUAAGAGUUAUAAGAAAGCUAAAAUACAAAGUGGCAAAGAUGAACCCAUAAAAACUACUCCAGCUGCAAAAAAGACCACCAAGAAGAUAACAAAUGAAGAAAUUAUGUCAAGAAGCUCUUUGUUUGCUGAUUCUGCAGUUGGAACCAAGUCACGCACGCAGCUAAUGUUCAAUAUGAUGGAUCAAACUGAGAAGGAGACCAAGAAGGCUGAAGCAGAAAAGAGGAAGUUUGAGCAGACCUUGGAGCAUGCCAGUGAUGAUGACCUAGAAAUCACUUCUUCACAGAGUCCUAAAGCUGAUGAUGAUUCACUAGAUUUUGUUCGAAGACGAAUUGUUCCGCCAUUACCGCAGAAAAAAGGCAAAAAUUUGAAAUUUUCAGAUUUUCCUUCGACUUCUGCUUCAUCUGCGGGCAAUCGCGAUGAUUUUAACAGUAGUCCGAGUAGUUUGUCUUCUUCUCAGGGGUUAAAAAGUUUGAAUGGCGGUAGUGCCGGAGCGAGUUCUGCGAAUUCUGGAAAUAAACGCGGACCAAAGAAGAAAAUUACUAAUUGUCCGAUUUGUGGGGAGAGUUUUCCUACAAACAAAAUUGAGGAACACGCCUCCACAUGCGGGCUCACGUCUGAACUGGAGAUUAAGAGCAGUAUACCAAAUCAACGGGCAGAUACGGCGCGUUACUAGUUCUGCCUUUCUCCUAUCCUCUCAUCUUCUCUCGAUUCCCACCUAACAUUAUUAUAUUUUUAUGCCCAACAUUUAAAUCAUCACCGUGCGUUUUAUGUUCGGUUAUUGUUAAUACUAGAGUUAUAUUUCUAUUGUCUGUAAGAUGAUCACAAAAAUUUAAUAAAUUAAAGUUUAAUAAAAACA